AUGGAGUCUCUCAAGGCUGUGUUCUUUGGGCCAGACCCUCAGACGCAGAUGCGAAAAUGCAACCAGCUCAUCCGUGCAAAUACCCGUCAGUUGGACCGCGAUAUCAUGCAGCUCAAAACCCUCGAUACCAAAACGCGACAGACCAUCGUUAGCGCCUCAAAGCGCGCCCAGAAGAAUCCGUCCCGGGCGAAACAGGCCAACAUCGAAGCCAAAACACUCGCACGGGAACUUGUUCGGGUGAGAAGGCAAGCAAACCGAUUAUCGACCAGUCGGGCACAGCUACAAAGCGUCCAAAUGCAGGUCAACGAAGCCUUCUCCAUGCGAAAGAUCCAGGGCAGUCUACAAAGGUCAACGGGUAUCAUGAAGGACGUUAAUACAUUGAUCCGCCUCCCGCAGCUGUCAGCAACGAUGCACCAGCUGGCCACUGAAUUGGUCCGCGCCGGGAUUAUCGAGGAAAUGGUGGACGACGCUAUUCCGAAUAACGAACUACUCGAGGAUGAGGAGACGGAAGCCGAUGAGGAGGUCGAUAAGAUUCUACAGGAAAUCUUGCAGGGAAAGCUUUCCCAGGUGGAGGAAGUCAAACCAGAGAGACCGCUGGAGGAACCCGAGCCGGCCGAAGAAGAAUUCGAGGACCCGGAAGCCGCUCUCGCGCAAAUGCGAGGACGCCUCGAAGCUCUAAAGAGCUGA